AUGCUCGAGUUGUUCCCUCUUGUAGCGUUGCUGAAUGCGACCACACUCAUUUCUCUUCUCUUGCUACCACCAACCCUUAUGACCUCCGGAAAACAAUAUGAUCUGAAGCUGACGUUCUUCUUCACGAUAUUUGCAACCCAAUUUGUCUACGCAGAACUACUUGAAACGAAAUUAAAAAGCUGCGAAACAUCUGCAGAGGCCGUAAUGAAACCACUGGCGCUGUUGCAAGAUAAAGUGGAAGGCAAUGUAAAGCCAUAUAAAUAUCACUACCCUCAAGCACCUCUGGAUGUCAAUGGGUAUCCAGUCGCGCCAGAGAACUUACAGCUGGAACAGGUCCAUGUGUAUGUACGGCAUGGAGAACGCACUCCCGUAGGAGUUCGUAUGACUGGCCCGCCCGCCAAUAUUCCUGAGCACUGGAUCAUGUGCAGAACAGCACGUCGCUUCCGCGCCGCCGUGUCAAGCUUUCUCGGAUUCCAACAUCUUCCUCAUGUGGAGCAGCAGCUCAGCCAAGACAACAACAACAACGAGGAGACCCUGUACACGCGUAAAGUUGUAGAAAGGAAGGAUGGGAGUGUGGGUGAUGGGGAAUGUCUCCUUGGGGAGCUGACAGAUCUUGGGAGACAGUCAACGUUUAAUUUCGGUCAAAACUUGCGAAAGCUAUACAUAGACAGAUUAGGCCUUCUCCCCAAUGUACUACCGGACAGCAACAUUGUCUAUUUCAGGAGCACCAACAUGCCCAGGACGACGGAAUCCCUCCAACAGAUUGUUCAUGGCUUAUACCCAACAGAAAAGUGCCUCCCAACAGCGUUACCCCCUCUCUUCAUCCGGAAUGGCAAGGACGAAAAUCUAAUAGGAAACACCUACGCUUGCAAGAGGCUGGAAAUCCUACAAAUAAGCUUCGCCAAAGCAGCGGCUGCUGAGGCCUACAAUAAAACGUUAGAGCACCUCGAUAAGAAAGUCUCCAAGUAUAUCGACGGAAACCCCAUUCGAGUGGACGGCAAGCCUAGAGCUUCUGGAGUCAUGGAUACUAUCAGGGCUGCCAUUGCUCAUGGAGUCAAAGUUCCGCCAGAGUUUGAGGACAAGGGUGUCGUUGGUGUCAUCGAACAAGCAGUCGUAAGCGAAUGGUUCGCAGGCAGGUGUGGUCUAACUUUCCGACAUCACCAAUGUACUGACCCACUUUCUCUCGACAAGGAUACUGAGGAGGUCCGGCGAUUAGCUAUGGGUCGCCUGCUCUCGGACAUGAUAACCAAGAUGCAGCACAAAAUCAAGCACGGCGACGCCGACCUACUCAAGGUCCUCGUUCACAGCACGCAUGAUACGGCUAUCGCGGGACUUUGCUCGACACUAGACGUUUUCGACGAGAGAUGGCCAGCCUUCACUGCGUCGAUAACAUUUGAACUCUUCAAGCAACGCGAACCCGCAGAGGAUACUCGGCAACAAGGUGUCCUUGCCUACCUCACCUCUUCUGCGUCUACCUCGUUACCACACUACAUCCGCAUGCGAUAUCAGAACAAGAACAUGAUUAUCCCUCUCUGUGCAGAGCAGGGAAAACACCUCGAAGGGCACCCCGAGUUUUGCACGCUAAACGCGUUCAUGGAAAGGGUGAAGGAGCUAACGCCAAAGGACUGGGACGCAGAGUGCUCUCCUGCUGGAAGGCAGUGA